UAUCGCUCCGCACUCAACCCGGUGUUUCAUCGCGCGCCAAUGUGACUGGAUUAUUCACUCGGUGAAUCGCCCUUUCGCGGUCUAAUCAACAAGUUAGGUGCGAGGUGUUACUUUCUCAAAAUGGGCCAGCUUUCGAUCCUGUGCUUGUUCGUGACUGUGUGUGCUUCUGUGUGCGGAUAUUCCUGGCCAAGUGACGAAACUACCACAAGACCCUCGCAAUUCAAAGACUUCCACACGGACCCUCUAGUCGUCGAAACAACCAGCGGGCUGGUUAGAGGAUACUCGAAAACAGUUCUGGGUAGAGAGGUGCACGUCUUUACCGGAAUACCUUUUGCCAAACCCCCCAUAGAGCAGCUCAGAUUCAAAAAGCCCGUCCCCAUUGACCCUUGGCACGGCAUCCUGGACGCUACAAAGCAGCCCAAUUCCUGCUUCCAGGAACGUUACGAGUACUUCCCGGGAUUCGAAGGGGAAGAAAUGUGGAACCCCAAUACGAACAUCUCGGAGGAUUGUCUCUAUCUCAACAUCUGGGUUCCCCAGCGGUUGCGUAUCAGACAUCACGCUGACAAACCUACAAUCGACAGACCGAAAGUUCCCGUACUUAUUUGGAUCUAUGGUGGUGGUUAUAUGAGUGGUACCGCAACGUUGGACGUUUACGACGCUGAUAUCAUCGCCGCUACGAGCGACGUUAUAGUGGCAUCAAUGCAGUAUCGUUUGGGAUCCUUUGGUUUCCUCUACCUCAACCGAUAUUUCCCUAGAGGAAGCGAUGAGACUCCUGGUAACAUGGGGCUCUGGGAUCAAAUUCUAGCUAUACGUUGGAUCAAAGACAACGCUGCUGCAUUCGGGGGUGACCCUGAUCUAAUAACGCUCUUUGGUGAAUCUGCAGGAGGAGGAUCGAUUAGCAUCCAUCUGAUAAGCCCUGUCACAAAAGGGCUCGUUCGCAGGGGUAUCAUGCAAUCGGGCACCAUGAACGCUCCGUGGAGCUACAUGUCCGGUGAACGCGCAGAACAAAUCGGUAAAAUUCUCAUACAGGACUGUGGCUGCAACGUUUCUCUUUUGGAAAAUAGUCCGCGUAAGGUGAUGGACUGUAUGAGAGCAGUGGAUGCUAAAACAAUCUCGCUACAACAAUGGAACUCCUAUUCCGGGAUUCUCGGUUUUCCUUCUACUCCCACCAUCGAGGGGGUGCUACUACCCAAACAUCCCAUGGAUAUGUUGGCUGAAGGAGAUUACGAAGAUAUGGAAAUUCUGCUGGGGAGCAAUCACGAUGAAG